UGACGACACCACCAACAAGAGCGACCCUGUCUUCAACACACUUUCUACCUGCUUUGUGAUUGGAGGUUUCACGGAAUAAUAUAUUCAAGGUAUGAGAAGACGAAGAGAGCUCUCACAGCAAAGGAGUCACAAAAAGACAGAUCUGAAUAGAACACAAGACAUUUGAACCCAAAGAGAGAACGAGAGAGACGUUAUUAUAAAUGGUUACCUCGUAAACAAGCCAACUGUCAAAAGGAAAAAAAAAACACUUGUGAGGAAGACAAACCAGAUUUUCGGUAGAAAAACCUGUUUAUCUAGUAGACACAGCUUACCGUCCUGUAGACAAAUCGGCUGUCGGGAAUGAUGAAGUCAAAUGGUAAUCCAAGUAUUGACAGUAAACCAUUUAUUAUAUAAAGAAGCCAGGUUUUGAAAAAAAAGAGAAAGCGUAUUAUCCAUUAAACAAACCAGUUGUCUAGUAUAGCAUUCCACUUGUAUUGAAGGAAAUCUACUUGUCCAAAAUUACAGUCGACUUGUCCUGUAUCAUAAUUCACUUGUCCAAUAUCACAAUUACCUUGUCCGAUAUCACAACUGAUAUGCCCGGGAACACACUUAUUUUGUGCUGUUUCACAGUCUAGUUGCCCGGUAUCACAAUUACCUUGGACAGUUUCCCAAUUGAAUUACUCUGGAUCACAAUUAUCUUUGCCCGUUUCACAAUUAAGUUACCCUGGAUCACAAUUAUUUUUCCCGGUUUCACAAUUCGGUCGCCCGGUAUCACAAUUAACCUGGCCUGUUUCCCCAAUCCCGUUUUCCCGGUUUAAAUAAAGGAACAGAUCUCAAAAUGAAUGAGACCGAAAACUUGGCCGACGAACUGACCUGUUCCAUAUGCCUGGAACUCUUCGUCGAACCGCUGCAGCUGAACUGUAUGCACUCCUACUGCAAGGGAUGCAUGGAAGACAUUGUCAAGUUCAAGGUCAAAGAUGGCGGAACUUCCGGCGAAAACCGAAUCUGCUACAUAAAAUGUCCCGAGUGUCGGAUGGUAACGAGUGUCAAGAGCGGGGUCUCCGACCUCCCCAAGAACUUCGUGUUGGCCAACAUCGCCAACAAGUACAGGGAGGCUUCGGAGGGGGCCGGGAAGAAGGUGUUUUGCUCCCUGUGCGAGGAGUCGUCGAAACUGGCCGUGAAGACGUGCACGGACUGCAGUAACACGAGCUACUGCCAAGAGUGUCUCGCCCAGUGCCACCCUGCCCGCGGAGUCUUCAAGAGACACACUCUUGUGGAUCCCACAGUGGAGUUCAUGCCGCCAGCUUCUCUCGGUGAACCGACCUUACAGACUCCGCGGAUCAUAUCCGUGAAAGCACUGAGGUCUCUGAGCGACACCGCGCGCUGUGAACUGGUGUGGGAGACCUGCAUCGGAAGUAUAUCCUACAAGAUCAUCUGCUCGAGCCGCAUGCCCAGUGGGAAGACUUCCGGUCUGAUCGUGGCGGGCCUCGACUGCGUGGACGCGGCGUCGUAUAUCCUCGAUGGACUGAGACACGACCACGCGUACAACGUGUCCAUGAUCGCGGUCUACGAGGCAGGGGAGAGCACUCCGUCAGACGUGGUCAAAAUCACUACACUGAAGAAGGUGGAAGCUGGAAGUUUCUCUUUACACCAUGACGUCAGGCACAACUCCAUCGUGCUCCACGCUAACAAGGUCACGGUCACGGACGAAGGGUGCGGGGAAUUUCCUCUCUCGAACGUGUACUUCCGGAAACCAGCCCUGAAACGCGUGCGCGGAAUUGUGGGUAGCGUGACGUUCUGCGCCUACCAGUGGUACUGGCAGACCCGGGUGUACAUCCGGGUCACACAGAAACUCAAAGAUGGCGACCUGCUCGCCUGUCUCGGGAUCUGCCGCGACAAGGAGGAAGACAAGGCCUCGCCACUAACAGAAAACACUUCCUGUCUGUGCAGCGCCAUCUACAAGCGGGCCCGGACGCAGCGAGGUGGCCAUUUUCUUCUGGGACGGAUCCCGUCGCGCAAGGAACCAUCCGGAAUCGGAUUUCGUCCUCCUGAAUCUGUCUGACCCUGACCCUAAGGUGUCCUUCACCCUGGGCUUCUUUCUGGACUUCACCGAGAGAGUCCUCAAGGUCGUACACGUGCAGCGGAAUAUGGUGUUGUUCGUUUUUGGUAACAUCGACAUAAACGUGGCGCACCCCAUCUGCGAACUUCAUAACCCCAAAAAGGUCGCUGUGAGACUGGACUAUCAGACACACAUUGAAGAUAUUAAAAAUCUUCCCACUUGUCUAAUGCGAUGCUGAUUCGAUGGCCUUCACCAAAACGGCUUUUGCUAAUAAUUUAUGUUUUACACGUCUUAAAAAGAACAAGAAAUGUAUCUUGCAAAUAACCAAAAAUGCUUUUUCGACAAUAAUUUUUGUUUUCCUUGACUUAGAAAAAAAAGGAACAGUGUUUUGAAAUUAACGAAAAUGUUCUUGUUUUGCAAUGUAUGUGAAAUUUGUAAAAACAUUGAUCAAGAUAUAAAUAAAACGAAAAUGUUAACCCAUAAACAAGCUUUAUCCCAAAUGAAAACGAUUACCCACCAACUGUCUGCUGGAAUAUCCAAUGUGUGUAUGUCUUAAGUUUGUCAACCCCUCCCCCUUACAAAUAUUAUAUAUUGGACACCCUAAGUGCCUUACUAUAAAGAAAAUGAAA